AUGCCGACCAAAAAAAAUGUCGAUUCCGAUGUGGACAAUGAUGUCGAGGAGAAGAUUGAAACUCAAACUACUUUAAAUUCUUCUCAAUCUUUGAAAUCAAACAAGAAUAAUGAUUUUUCAUAUUUUAGUGAUAGAAUAAAGGGAACAAAAAUCCCAUCCAAAAAUAAGGGUAGUGACUCUGAAUCAGAAAUGCCAUACAUACCAGUACUGGAAGACCAAGAGGCCAAACUUGGAGAAACUCUAGGAGGAAAUAUAGACCUUAAGCUCCUUACGAUGAAACUUCUGCCAGAGUCAGCUGUUCAAGAAAAAGAUGAAGUUUGGGAUUGGGAUACAUUAUUCCUGGACGCGAAAGCUGAAUACAUGGCGAAUAUGUCAGAAAAGAAGAGUUAA